GACAAGUUGCAGAGUUGGAGUCGCAGCCGUCUCGAUAAGGACGGAGUCGCGGACGCAGCCGAGCGUUAAGAGGAGAGGGAGAAGAGUCGCGGAAGACCCUCGGAAUCGGAGGUGUUGAUCCAACUGACACUUUAUUAUCUCACGGCAAAGUCGGAGAAGAGGAUUCCCGCGGCGGCUGGGAUUAGACGGCCCCCACAUUCCCUCACCUGAAGUGUCCCUUACCUUUCCCCCGACCAACGUCUGUGCCGCGAGAUUGAAGGAAAAGCACUUGACAGACUUGAGGAGCUCUGCCCGAGGCGAGACAGAGCUCAUAUAUAAAGCCGGGUGAAGGACAUUAACACAAGUGGAAACUGUGGCUGCAUCCACCAUGGAGGUCUGUGGCACUUCCAGGAAACUUACUUUGCUCUCCUUCACCUUGCUGUGGGGGCUCUCAGGAAUAUGGGCCCAAAUCCAGAUGCCCCAAACCAGUAUGGAUGUGAUCAAGGGUAAUAUGGCUGUCCUGAGGGCCACGUACAGCACAGAUCCAAGCAUUGACCUGAGCACCAACACCAUCCUCUGGAACUUUGUCUCCAACAACACCCAGCUGAUCAUCUCCUACACCAAAGACUUCAUGAACGUGGCCAGCCCCCAGUUCAAGGGACGCGUUGGUUUCACCAGCAGCAUGCCCUCGCGCGAUGUGUCGCUGUACAUCAACAACACCCAGGAGUCCGACUCAGGACGCUACCUCUGCCAGAUCAUCAUCCCUGGUUUUCCGGGCCUCACUGCUGAGCUCAGCCUGGACGUGAAGGUUCCUCCUGCUGUUCCUAAGUGCUCUAUGUCGGGGAAGCCGGUGCUGAAGGGAAAUGUGACUCUGACAUGUACAUCCAGCACUGGGAAGCCCAUUCCUCUGUAUAGGUGGAAGAAAACCAGUCCCACCAAUGAGGUCUUCUUCUCACCCAUGCUCAACGAGAAGACCGGCACUCUGAACCUGAACAACCUGAGUCGGAACAUGUCAGGGAAGUACGAGUGCACAUCCAGCAACUCGGCUGGAGCGGAGACCUGCCUCAUCAACCUGGAGAUCGUCAGCUCCACAAAUGUGGGGAUGAUUGCCGGCGCCACAGUGGGCUCAGUGGUGGGCUUCAUCUUACUCCUCCUCCUCUGCCUCGUUUUCCUGGUGAAGAGGCGGCGAGACAAUGAGGACGACAUGGCCAACGAAAUCAA